AUGGCAUCCACCAAGGCCGCCCGCCUGGGCGAAGAAGUUUGGAAAACCCGCGUCGACAAGGUGAACGCCGAACUAGUCACCCUUACCUACGGAACCAUCGUCGCACAGCUUUGCAAGGACUUUGACAGCGACUAUGUUGAGGUUAAUCGACAGCUGGAUAAAAUGGGAUAUAACAUUGGCCUGCGCCUGAUCGAGGACUUCCUCGCCAAGUCCAAUACCACCUCGUGCUCCAGCUUCCGCGAAGUCGCUGAAAUGAUCUCCAAGGUCGGGUUCAAAAUCUUCCUCAACAUCACUCCGACGAUUACAAACUGGACCAGCGACAGCAAGCAGUUCUCUCUGAUAUUCGACGAGAACCCGCUGGCGGACUUUGUGGAGUUGCCGGACGAUGGCCGUGCACAGGAUGAACUCUGGUACUCUAACAUCCUUUGCGGAGUCCUGCGGGGAGCGUUGGAGAUGGUCCAAAUGCAAGUGGAGGUACAUUUCAUCAGUGACGUGCUCCGGGGAAACGACACGACGGAGAUGCGCAUCACACUGGUCCGGUUUAUUGAGGACGAGCUGCCGCCCGAUGAUGAGUAA